CUUACAAAGCUAAGCGAUUACUUUUAUUUUACAUUAAAUAGAAAGAGCAGUAACUAUUUUGAAAUCUAAUAUUGUCAACUUGAAUAUGUAUUUAAUAAGCUAAACGGUUCAGUGGUGAAAGAAAACGCGAAACUUCAGGGUUAACGUUUGUUGUCUUUACACUUUUUUUUUUGUUUUUUUUUGGCCACAUCGCUGACGCUAACUGACAAGCAAACAAACAAUAAACGUUGUCGCUAAACUACUAAAUAUAGACUGCAGUUCAAAAUGCGCAAAACGUGGGUGAAACGAGAAAAUAUUUACUACAAACCCUUUUACAAGGAUAAAUCCAAGAUGUUCUUGUUACUCAUCUUCUUAGUUGGCAUCUCAUUUAUAGCCUAUCAGGCCUUCUCGCUGAAUCAACUGCCCAGCGUGCAGCAGCUGCGACGCAAGCACAAACAAAUGAUGCAGUCGCUAGGCAGCAAACAGCGCGACGUGGAUGACUUUGAUGGCGGCGGGGGAGACGGUGAUGGAGCCGGAGUUGGAUUUGGGGCUGGAGUUGAAGCCGUUGUAACUGCCACGCAAGAUGCAGACGCUAUAAAGAUUAUACGAGGCACACGCCUUUUUGACUACGAUGCAUACAAACCCAAUUUCAAGGGCAACUUCAAGUGCCUAGACGGCAGCAAGGAGAUUCCCUUUAAGCAUCUCAACGACAACUACUGCGAUUGCGAGGGCGAUGGCAGUGAUGAGCCGAGCACAAAUGCUUGUGCUAAGGGGCGCUUCUAUUGCAAAUACCAGAAGCGUCAUUUUACGGGACGUGGUCUCGAUGUCUGGGUUUGGACGUCGCGGGUUAAUGACAACGUUUGCGACUGCUGCGAUGGCAGUGAUGAGUGGACGACGCAUGUCAAAUGUCCGAAUAGUUGUGCGUAGUCUAUUUAUUGGGGGGGAAAUGCUUAGAGCAGAGAUCACCAAUUGUAUUUUGUAUAGUUGUAGGUGAAACUAUCUCACACUCACAUCUCAAGGAAGAUUAAUCCAUUAAAAUGUCAGUAAAAGUCUGUAAAGCGCAUCACACGCGAUAUUUUAGAGAAUUACGAUGAUAUUGUAAUUUUACAUACAUACAUACACAUAUAUCAUAAUAAAUAUUUUUUAAGUAGAUCGAAUAAAAUAAAAAAGAAACAACCAACUAUA